CUUGCAGAGAGCGAGGCGACGCGUGACGAGAUGUCGGUUUCGGCGGAGCCGCUCGACACGCCGCGGAUGCGGGAGUUCCUGAGCAAGGUCACCGGCCCCUACAACCAGGACUUCGUCAGGCUGUCGCCCUCCAGCUGCGUCAUGCCCGCGCGCUACAUGGACAUCGCCCAGAGAGUGAUCGACUUCGAGGUCAGGCCGGACGACGUCUGGAUAGUCACCUACCCAAAAUGCGGCACUACUUGGAGCCAGGAGAUGAUCUGGCUGGUCAUGAAUAACUUCGAUUACGACACGGCGUACAAAAUUCCGCUACAUGAAAGGACUCCAUUCAUUGAAUUCUCGUCAAUUCUGAAACCAAUGGCGGAUCUGGGGCCGCACUCAAUAGAAGCCUGUGCGAAACUGAAGUCGCCGAGGUUCAUCAAAAGCCAUCUCCCACUCCAACUGCUGCCGAAGCAGCUGUGGACGGUGAAGCCUAAGAUCAUCUACGUCGUCCGCAACGUGAAGGAUACCAUUGUUUCCUACUAUCACCACUACAACCUGUGGAGCGACGUUUCCAUGUCGCUGGAUGAGUUCGCGCAGUUCUUCACUGAAGACUUACCUAUGUACAACCCUUUCUGGACUCAUGUCCUAGAUUUCUGGAACAUCAGGAACGAGCCAAACGUCCUCUUUUACAGCUAUGAAGAUAUGAAGGCGGACUUAGCAUCUGUGAUCCGCAGAGUGGGGGAGUUCCUGGGUAAGCCAGUGCCAGAGGAGCAGAUGCCCAAGAUUCUGGACCACCUGAGUGUGGAAAAGAUGCGUUCCAACCCACACGCCAACCUCCAGGAAGUGGCAGAGUAUGUGCGCAAGCAGUCAGGUUUGCCAUCGGCUACGGCUGCCGGGAAGCACUUCAUCCGGAGUGGCAAGGUCGGUGGAGCACUCAACGAACUCUCUGCUGCUAUGCGGCAGAAGAUUGACAGCUGGACAGUGGAGUGCCUGCGGGGCUCAGACUACUCCGGCCCUCGGUGAAGAACUAUCUUUUGUAUUAAUGCAUGUAAAAUAUAA